AUGAGCAAACAUAUGUACACAACGGCAAAUCUGUCGGAUGUGGAGCUGAAGGACCAGGGGAAUCGGUUGUUCUCCGCGCGGAAAUACGACGACGCGGUCAACCUAUACACAAAAGCGAUCAUCAAAAACUCCACAAAUGCCACCUAUUUCACCAAUCGCGCCCUAUGCCACAUCAAGAUGAAGCGCUGGGAAACGGCCUGCAGUGACUGCCGGCGUGCCCUCGAUAUGGAUCCGAAUCUGGUGAAGGGACACUUCUUUCUCGGGCUCAGCCUAAUGGAGCUGGAAUCGUUCGACGAAGCGAUCAAACAUCUGCAGCGUGCGCACGAUCUGGCCAAGGAGCAGAAGCUUAACUUCGGCGACGAUAUUGCCUCCCAGUUGCGAUUGGCCCGGAAGAAACGCUGGAACAUACAGGAGGAGAAGCGCAUUUGUCAGGAGAUAGAACUACAAACUUAUUUGAAUAGACUUAUUACGGAAGAUAUGGAAAAUCGCUUAGCUAAGCUGAAAUUGGACGACACGAUUAAUGAGGAAACACUGAAGGAGCAAGCGAUAGAAAUUGAACGUGAGGGCGAAAACCAUAUGACUGAAUUAAACAAUCUGUUUGCUAAGGUUGACGAUAGGAGACGGAAACGAGAAGUACCUGAUUACCUAUGCGGCAAGAUCAGCUUCGAGCUGCUGGUGGAUCCCGUAAUCACGCCAUCCGGUAUGACGUACGAAAGGAAGGACAUCGAGGAGCAUCUGCAGCGGGUCGGCCAUUUCGAUCCGGUUACGCGCGUGAAACUCACACAGGAUCAGUUGAUAUCGAACUACUCGAUGAAAGAGGUAGUCGAUGCGUUCCUGCAGGAAAAUGAGUGGGCGCUAGACUAUUAG